CGGCCCCGUCGCUCCCGGGGCGCUGCGUGCGGAUUGGCCGACAGGGCCUGAGGAAGUUGGCAGAUUUCGGCGUGCCGACGCUGCGGCGGGCUUCGGGGGGCGCCUCAGGCGGUUGGGGCAGUUUCAGUUCCUUAACCCCGGCGGGGUUGGCCGGGCCCUGCGGAUCCUCGCCGCUAGCAGGCUUGCUGUCCCUUUUGGAAGACGCCACAAAAUGGCGGCGCCGGGGGGCGGAGCUAUGGCGCGAGUUUGUGGGGCGCGGGGUCUUCGGCCGGGGGCCGAGGUGGAACCGCUGCCUCUUUUCGGGCCGUCGGGCCUGUCCGGGGACCUGCGAGGCUUGGCUGGGGCCUCCGCGCGGCACACGUGACCUGGGACGCCGGUCCCGGAAGCCGUAUGGACCCCGCCAGGCCCGCGGUGCAGAGCAGCGGGGCCUAGUGCGGCCUCUGCAGUGGUUAGCCUCACUGGGCGCCUACCGCGGACCUAGCUCGUGCAGAUCGGGGACGACACAUUUAAGGGUCAGAUGCGGGGUAUCUUGGUCAAAGCUUGGAAACCCGAUGAGCUCUGGGGUCGUGACAGAUUGGGGGCUUUCCUUAAGGCAGUCCUUUGUGGUGGCCUGGAAACGCCAGAGGGGCUGUGUGAGAGGGAACGUGCCCUUACUCACUUGGGUUUCAGGGCCUGCGGCAGGACAGACCUUCUCGGGCGAUCUGCUCUCAGUCUUUGGAAUCUGAGCCUCCUGGGAGGCCUUUGCUCUAUGCUGGGAGGCCUUUGCUCUAUGCUGGAAGCCGCGUUUGCCCGCAGGGAACAGUUGGAAUAUGCAGGGUUGGGCUUGACCCGGCGCAGAUCCCUAUUCAGGUAUAUGAGGUUCGAGAAGCAAGCUAUCUGAUCAUGGCUGCCGCAGCGAAGGCGCAUGUUUUGAAAGGUGGCAGCAUUAGCAGGAGGCCAGCAGCAGGAAUUGCAAAGCAGAGAGGUCCUGAGAUGCAUGGUGUGCUUGUGGCUCUACCUGGUACUCCUGUCUUUUCUGCAGUGUGACUGGAUCUCACUUUUCUUUACCUGCCUCCCUACUAGAGUUUUCAGCUAGUAGUAAUUCUGCUUUAUGCAUGCCCUUAGCUUGGAGAGGUCACACACACACACAAACACACACACACGCCCAUCUUCCUACUUACUAAAAACCUUUUCAGACUCGGUUUAGAUGCAGAGGCCUCCCUGAAUCCUUCUGUAGCUUUUCCAUCUAGAGUUAUUUCCUAAGACUUGUUGAGGCUUAAGAGUUACUCUUUGGCCAUAGGAGGCACCUCGAUCUGGGUCCAGGUCCUUGUUCUCCUCAGCUCCAUGUUCUUGGGCAAGUGACUUAUCCUCUGGAGUCUCUGUGUAUGACAGAGCUAUGGGGCAUGGAGUGCUGGACCUACCAACACCCAGGGUGCAUAUGGAACUGGUGUGGCCAGUUGGCAAGGUUAUGAAAACUACAAUUAUUAUGGUGCCCAGAACACCAGCGUCACCACAGGAGCAACCUACAGCUACGGCCCAGCCUCAUGGGAGGCCACCAAGGCCAGUGAUGGCCUGGCACCUGGGGGCCCUGCCAUGCAUAUGGCUUCUUAUGGCCCAGAGCCGUGCACCGACAAUUCCGACUCCCUCAUUGCCAAGAUCAACCAGCGUUUGGACAUGAUGUCCAAGGAAGGAGGCAGGGGCGGGAGCAGCGGCAGUGGGGAGGGCAUGCAGGACCGGGAGAGCUCCUUCCGCUUCCAGUCGUUCGAGUCCUAUGAUUCCAGGCCUUGCCUGCCCGAGCACAAUCCUUACCGCCCCAGCUACAGCUACGACUAUGACUUUGACCUGGGGCCCGACCGCAAUGGUGGCUUUGGUGGUCAGUACAGUGACUGCCGGGACCCAGCCCGUGAGCGGGGCUCCCUCGAUGACUUCAUGCGGGGCCGAGGCCAGGGCCGCUUCCAGGACCGCAGCAACCCCGGCACCUUUAUGCGCAGCGACCCCUUCAUGCCACCUGCAGCCUCUUCUGAGCCUCUUUCUGCUCCAUGGACGGAAAUGAACUAUGUGGGUGGGCGGGGCCUGGGAGGCCCCUCCGCCAGCAGGCCUCCACCUUCCCUCUUCUCCCAGUCCAUGGCCCCUGAUUUUGGCGUGAUGGGCAUGCAGGGGGCAGGUGGUUAUGACAGCUCUAUGCCCUACGGAUGUGGCCGGUCACAGACCCGGAUGAGAGAUCGGCCUAGGCGGAGAGAGUUUGAUCGCUGCGGCCCAGAUAGCUUGGGCAGGAAACGGAAGCAGUUGCAGAUUUACGAUGAGCCAGACACCAAACAAGCCCGGGCUGACAGUGAAGGAGAUUUUUCUGAAAACGAUGAUGGAGCUGGUGACUUCCGGUCAGGAGAUGAAGAAUUCAGGGGUGAGGACGAAUUCUUCGAAUCCGGGAGGCAGAGAGGAGAGAAGGACGAUGAGGAUGAUGAAGUGAAGAAGAGGAGGGAAAAGCAAAGGAGGAGAGACAGGAUGAGAGACCGAGCAGCUGACAGGAUUCAGUUUGCCUGUUCCGUGUGCAAGUUUCGUAGCUUCGAAGAUGAAGAAAUCCAGAAGCAUCUGCAAAGCAAAUUUCACAAAGAGACACUGCGGUUUAUAAGUACCAAAUUGCCUGACAAGACGGUAGAGUUCCUCCAGGAAUACAUUGUAAACAGGAAUAAGAAAAUUGAGAAGCGGCGUCAGGAACUGAUGGAGAAGGAAACCACAAAACCAAAACCAGAUCCUUUCAAAGGGAUUGGCCAGGAGCACUUCUUCAAGAAAAUAGAGGCUGCUCACUGCCUGGCUUGUGACAUGCUGAUCCCUGCGCAGCCCCAGCUCCUUCAGCGGCACCUGCACUCUGUCGACCACAAUCACAACCGCCGGCUGGCUGCUGAACAGUUCAAGAAGACAAGUCUCCAUGUGGCCAAGAGUGUUUUGAACAACAGACAUAUUGUGAAGAUGCUGGAAAAGUACCUCAAGGGUGAAGAUCCUUUCACCAGUGAAGCCGUUGAUCCGGAAAUAGAAGGAGAUGACAAUUUAGGAGGUGAGGAUAAGGAAGAGACGCCAGAGGAGGUAGCUGCCGAGGUCUUAGCUGAGGUGAUUACGGCAGCAGUGAGGGCAGUGGAUGGGGAAGGAGCACCUACCCCGGAAAGUAGUGAAAUGCUGGUGGAAGGGGAAGGCCCUACGGACACAGCUGAGACCGCUAGUGGUCCCCACCCCGGAGAGCAGCUGGAAGCGGAGGCACCCUGCGGAAUGGCACCUGAGAAGGGCAACGCUGAAGCAGAGGCUGGAGGCGAAGCUGCUGAGGCUGGAGGCAAAGCUGCUGAGGCUGGAGGUGAAGUGGAAACCCUGGCAGCAGAGUCGGAAGGCACCUUGACAGUCACUGCUCCUGUCCAAGCUGCCGCAGGAGCCGGAGUGGGACAAACUGAUGCAGAGUCCAAAGACGCUAUUCCCACAGAAUGAUCCUCCUUCCCCUGUUUCAGCGGAUGCGUUAUAUAAUGCAUUGUUCUUUCUUCUUUGGUUUAUAAGCAGUACUAGGGUAUAUGAUGCUGGAAUACUAUUUUGGUGAAGAGACCCAGCCAUUUCCUUCAGAAAAGUGUACCUCACAGGCUUGUCUUAAGAGUUGCGUGGCUUUCUGCCUUGGUUUGAAGGCUGCAGAAGUUGUACGUUCCCACAAGUGGCUGUGACAUCUCUCUUUACACUGUAGUUGGAAUAAUAAAAGUUGGAUAAGUAGAUUUUGGUGACACUUUGCUUGUUAAAUACAGCCAGUGGCUGAAUGCACCACCACAACCACCAACACCCCCGCCCCUCCCCCCCCGCCCCGUAUUAUUUUUUGGUCUGGGAGCAGUUCAAUACUAGGAUAUAUCUUGGUUUAUAAAGGAUUUUUUUUUAAGUUUCAUGAAUUUGCUUUGGCUUCAGUUUUUGAUCUCUGCUUUUGUGGUACACUGUAUGGUAUGUGGUCCUCCUUCACAAGACACAGCAGAAUCUUGUUAACAUGUGAUGUUGAUCCUGUCACGUCACUGAACUCUCAAAGGCCUGAUGAAUCUGACACACCUGCACCAUUAGAAGCAUACCUACUUACCCCUCAAGAACGGGAACACUUUGCCUCGGGCAUUGUUUCCCAAUCUUUAGUCCUUGGUGAAUCACCUUUACAAUGUUUUACCUCAUUUGUGUUCCACCUCUGCAUUACUUCAGGGUUUUUUCGGUUUUGUUUUUCUUUAAAUUGAGUUACUUCUACUUAAAUAUAUUUAAAAAGAAAAUUUGAUGUCUCAUGAAUGGAAAACCAGUAUAAAUUGCCAUACAUAGAUACUAUCAGUGGAAAAUGAAUAAACAUUUUAUUUUAGAUAAAUACUGUUGCUUUGGAAGUUUCUGAAUCUGUAAGAAAGAAAAGCCAGCAUGUGUUAAAGGGUAGUAAGCAACAGUUAUACUUUCAUAUAAUCAAAAGAAUUGAAAGAUACCUCCCUUUUGAAAUGAUACCACUGGGUCUGUUU